UAAGUAUUUUUUUAUCAUUCGUUAUGACUUGAUGUAUGAAGUUUGUGUACGGAUGUGGGAUAAAAACACCCAUUCAAUUAUUGAACUGACUUCUGAUACAUCCGUGUUUUUUACAACUAUAAAAUAACUUCACAAUUUUUUUAUUAUUUCUUUUAUCGCUGCGGUGUUUUGUUUAUCAAGGCUAGAGCAGUAUUUAUAUAAAAAUAAUAUAAACCAAUAUUCUCAUCGUGUUUGCUAAAGUACUUAACUCUAUAUAAAAUACGUAUUUAAAAAGAAGUCGAACAUUUAUGUUCUUGUACAGACGAUGCGUGCAUAUGUUUGAUGGCUUUAAUAUUUAAUUUUGGAUUUCUGGUUUGUUUGGUUUGGUUUGUUGACACGCUCCAGGAAAUUUCAAACCAUGACAAUCGCAUUAAUCAGUACACAUCCCAACAAAACAGCAUGACAGGAAUCUCCUCAAAUCAACAUACACCAACCUACCCGGUUCGUUUUAACAACCGCUAUUACUUAAACCUGCAACCAACCGAACUGUUAUAUUCUCCAAACCAAUUCUACAGACAAACAUGGCAGAAAAAUUCACCCACAACACUACAUGGAAAUGUAUAUUCAUGGUCCACAUGGACUGCUUGGUCGAAAUGUACGAGAUCUUGUGAUGGAGGGGUAAAAAUCAGAACAAGAAGCUGUGUACUGUGGAAGCGGACAGCCCGUUCCACAAAAAUGCUUUCCCGUUGCUCAGGCAACAGAAGGGAUUUCCAACCAUGCAACAGAAAGCUUUGUUUAUCACCACAAGAAUUCCGUACAAUAAAAUACGAAUCACGUUUGAAACAGUGUGAGAAGUACAACGAAAUACCUUACUUGGGUGAAAUAUAUCAGUGGAUUCCCUACAUGAGGAAUGGGUUAAACGAUUGCAAGUUGAAUUGUUUAGCAAAGGGCUAUCGCAUGUUCCGCUCGUUUGGUUUUGUACUUGAUCGGACUGCAUGUGGAAAGAACAGAGACUAUCAAUGCAAAGCUGGCAGAUGUAUCUUAUUUAAGGACAAGGUUCGAAUUGGAUUUAAUUUUACGAAAACAGACACAAACCUACAAAAGAAGUUUUUAUCGCCAAAAUACAGUCAUUUUCCACCAGUACUCAGCCAUCGUCAGAAACAACAACUGCAAUUGCUCUCGAAAAAGUCAAAGCAGCGUCAGAUUCGACUGUCCUCUAAGAUGUCAAAAGUACUUCCUUCACUCAAUCAAUCAUUACCAUACCGAACAUCUACAAAAGAAGAUUUUGGGUACGUAUUCCCGCAGCUCACUCCAGCACAAGAAGAAGGGCGACGUGGCAUUAUAAUGACGACGUUUAAAUGGCAAGUCGGUGGAAUUUCUAGAUGUACCCGUUAUUGUGGAGGAGGCGAACAAACUAUCAUCUAUCGAUGUUUUGAAGAAGGUAAUUCUCAUUUGGGAAAAUUCGUGGACGAUUCCAAAUGCAUACAUGUAAAGAAACCACCCAUCAGAAGGAGGGCGUGCAAUCAAUUGGAGUGCACAGUAAGAUGGUCCGUCUCAAACUGGACAGCAUGUUCUGAAACAUGUGGCGAAAACAGUACACAAUAUCGAUCUGUUUUAUGCAAGAAGGUGCGUUAUAGAGACAACACGGUAGUUGAUGGAACGGUGAUACAUCCAUCACUUUGCCAAAAGCUGAAGAAACCGAUCUAUUUUAAACGUUGUUUGAUGGUGCCCUGUUAUUUUCAAUGGGAGACUGAAUCAUGGAGUGAGUGUUCUGCUUCCUGUAAUUACGGCACACGAAAACGAAACGUGGUAUGUAAGAAUCACAGAGGAUUCAAAAUAAAAGAUGAAAAUUGCAAUCUCAAACACAAACCAAACACUAUAGAGGCUUGUAUGGGAAAGCCGUGCUCAAACACAUGGUUUACCAGUGAAUGGAGUCCAUGUUCAAGUGCUUGUAGCAAUGGAUAUCAAAUGCGUCGAGUUGUCUGUGCGAGUUUUACAGGAGUUGUGGUUCCUGAAACAUUAUGUAACGAAACGAGCAAACCUCGUCAUAGAAGAGUUUGUGUCGGAUUUAUAUGUGCAACAAGAUUUUGGGUAACUACCAAAUGGUCAAAGUGUACAAACAACUGCGGCGUUGGUGAGCAGUACAGACAAGUUCUAUGUAUGGAGAAAAAUGAUCAAGAUUACUAUCAAAUUGGUGAGACAAAAUGUCCUGAAAAAAAACCUGUGUCUGUUAGAACAUGCCGGAAUGCAGCAUGUCUUCCACUGUGGUACACAGACCAUUGGAAACAGUGUACAAAACCAUGUGGAGAAGGGCAGCAGUAUCGCCAUCAGAUUUGUUUAUCGGAAAAAGGAACUCCUACUCGUGGAUGUGUAAACGAAACAAGAUCUCAUGUAAAACGCGCUUGUAAUACUAUGGCGUGUUCUUUACCAAGACAGAAAACAUUGAUUGAUGGAGAUAACAGCAGUGAAAAGGAAAAAGAUAAAACAUUGAUUGAUGGAGAUGGCAGCAGUAAAAAGACAAAAGAUGAAAUAUUGAUUGAUGGAGAUGGCAGCAGUAAAAAGACAAAAGAUGAAAUAUUGAUUGAUGGAGAUAAAAGAAGUAAAAAGGAAAAAGAUGAAAUAUCGAUUGAUGGAGAUAACAGCAGUAAAAAGACAAAAGAUGAAAUAUUGAUUGAUGGAGAUAAAAGAAGUAAAAAGGAAAAAGAUGAAAUAUCGAUUGAUGGAGAUAACAGCAGUGAAAAGGAAAAAGAUAAAACAUUGAUUGAUGGAGAUGACAGCAGUAAAAAGACAAAAGAUGAAAUAUUGAUUGAUGGAGAUAAAAGAAGUAAAAAGGAAAAAGAUGAAAUAUUGAUUGAUGGAGAUGACAGCAGUAAAAAGACAAAAGAUGAAAUAUUGAUUGAUGGAGAUAAAAGAAGUAAAAAGGAAAAAGAUGAAAUAUCGAUUGAUGGAGAUAACAGCAGUAAAAAGAAAAAAGAUAAAGAAGUCAUAAGCCUUAAAUUUUUUGCUCAAAAUAAAGCAGCAAUUGUAAAGUCAAAACUCAACCCGAAUAACCUCGUUGAAAGGAGUAAUUACAUGUCCAAAGGCGUGUCUUAUAAAAAGAGAAGUAACGAUGAAACAAUAUCAGAAACAAGUCAGACAACAACUAAGCAACCAAAAGUAUUAAUUUUACUGACAACGCAACCGACCACGACGGUUCCGUCUACAACAAUAAUCUCAACACCAACGACCUCGAUAAUCUUGAAGACACGAACGAAGACUAAAGUUUCCAUUAAAAAAAUAAAUACAUUUUCGUAUAAAAGACCAACAAUGCACGUACUAAGACCUUUCGCUAACUUUUCACGCAAUAAAUGCUACGAUUUACACAGGAAAGCCUACUGCCAUGUUAUAUCUGUUCGUUUAAAAUUCUGUAAAAUACCACGCUUUCAACGUCUGUGUUGUCACUCUUGUAAACAACAUAAAACAUAAUGGCUGGUAAAAACAAAGAAGUGAUGCUUUUUGCCAUCUUCUUAAGAGUAGGUAAAGAUUCACGGAUUUCGAAUGUAUUAACAAUGUAUAUUAUUCUAACUUAUUUCCGUGAACAUAACGAGAACAUCCGCAUUUAUAAAAGGAAUUAAUAUUAUCCUUACAAUACAUAUAAAUAUUUAUAAAUAUAUUCUCUAAUAUGUAUAUUUUUGUGUGCAUCUUUGACAAAUAUAUUUAGUUUUAGUUGCCAUCAAGUUCAAAGCAGAUUUGAUGCUUCAACACCGUAGCUGCAUUAUAUUUUUCAAAUAAAUUUCGAAGUCGUCCCACAAAUAAUUACAUACAAUCACGACCUUUAAACUUAUGGAAACUUAUACCGGAAGAAAAUGUUAAAACCUAAUUUUUCCGACAUCUAAUUCAUAAUAUGGUCGUCAAAGAAACUGUGAGAAGUGUCUUUUUACCUUGCUUACCAAUUUACUAAUAAAAAUUUCACAACUUCUACACUAAGCUGUAUGACAGUUUCACAAAGUAGCUAUAUUGAUUGUAGUUUCAACUUCUUUGUCCAAUAAUAAGAGUUUUCAAAAUAAGGAACUUAGCAAGGGUAGGGAGAAAUUCUACAAAUCAACAUUGGUUUGACAAUAUGUUGCUUUAAAUAGACAACCUAGUCACUUUGUGUGAGAAUACAAAAUUGUCGUUGAUCGUCCAAAUUACCUUUUCUGGUAUAGAAGGAAAAGAUUUAACCUCGAAUUUCAAGUUGUGAUUUUACGUCAUAUAAUAUACGGAGACUGUGUGUGUGUGUCUGUGUGUUUGUAACAGGCAAAGUGGAUUAUAUUUUUACAGUUUUCUUUAAAAGCGUCUAUAAUACAUCCCCUAUAAAAAUGUUCUGUAUUUUUGAAACGUUUUUUUUACGAUUUUAAUUGGUUAGAACAAAUCAUGUGAUAAAAUAAAGGGAUUUAAUUAGUUGGGAAUUUUAUUGCACAUGCUAAUUUAAAUUUACCGUGACGAUUGCUUUGUUAUAAAUUAUUGUAUGAGCAAAGUCACAGGCAAUCAACGUUGUUAUUGUUGUUGUCCAUUUCGAUUAAAAGUUUUAAUUAAUUGUUUGUGUCUUUUAAAUAAGAUUGACAACAAAUCAUUUCGUGAUAAGAAACAUAACUUAAAUUACUAGUAGUUGGGACGUUAAACUGAUAAAGGGUCUUAUAAUAGAUACAGAUAUUUCGCAAACAAGUAUAUAUGUUCUUCUAUUCACACAACACAGUCUCUCCUAUAUGAACGCUUGCCGCUCUGCUUGGGGUUACAAUGUUCGAAAUUACGUCCUUGUUUUCAUAUGUUGGUUGUAGCUUGCCAGCUCGCAAAAUUAUUUGUCUUAUAUCUAAAAGUACGCACACUUUUACCCAUCAUACAAUUGCAGGUAGGUAGCUCUAG